AUGAAAUUGGUGCAUGAGUCCUAUUCGAUGGAUCAGAUGCUGCCAGCGAUGAUCAAUCAUAGCUGUGACCCUAAUUGUGCUAUCACAUUCGUUUCAAAGACUCUGGACAUGGAAAUUCGAGCGAUGAAGCCUAUCAAGUCUGGCGAAGAGAUUACACAGACUUAUGUUGAUAUUGCACUGCCACGCCGAGCUAUGGACGCAGGAACGCCAGGAUGA